CCCGUUCGUAUCCAGCAGUGCUUGUGGACGAGUCUUUGCUUCAGUCUCUUCAUCAGUGAGUUAAGGAAAAAAGAUGGGUGAGAAUCAAGGGGUGAGUGCAUACCCCCUUCCACCAAUGCAGUAUGUGAAUAUGUAUUCAGAUGACAACAUCAAGAAAGGCAAAGCUCCUCCUCCACCACCUCCAAUACAGGACACUUACAUGAUAUUUGGACAGACUUUCAAUGCAGAAGAUCAUAUUAUUCGGCCGUUGGAGAUGCAAGGACUAAGGCGCCUCUAUCCACAGAACUAUGACCCAAAACGAGAACUCAAAAAAAUGAACCAUUCACUGUUGGUGAAUUUCCUGGACUUGCUGGACAUUCUGAUUAAAUGUCCUGAUUCGCCAAAAAGAGCAGAGAAAAUUGACGAUCUAAAUUUACUGUUCAUCCACAUGCAUCAUCUCAUAAAUGAAUUUCGACCACAUCAGGCACGAGAAACACUUCGAGUGAUGAUGGAACUGCAGAAACGACAGCGUCUUGAGACGGCAGACCGGUUUCAGAAACAUCUGGACAAGGUGAAAGAGCUUCUACAGGGAGCCAUUACAGGUCUACCAGAUGAUGGAGGGAUGAACUCUAAAGUGCUUGUGAAGUCUGAGAUACUGCAGGCCACUGAACAGACCCAUCAUGAGACCCCGCCCCAAGAACCAUGUGACGGAUUAGACAGAAUGAUGUGUGACAUCAUCGACACCAUGAACUGCUAGCAUCUCUCAUAACAUUGUCAUCAUCAUAUUCUCAUUUGUACCAUAAAAUCUUGUGAUAUUUAUCAGUCAGACAUAUCUCUCCAUGAACAGGAUUCAUGUAAAUAUAAAUUCUACAUUUAAGUGGUAUGUACGUAUGGGCCAAGGUGAAACCUGUGCCAUUCUUCAUAGACUAAUGUUAUGGCACACAAACAGAUUUUGAGUUUUCGCUUAGUUGCUUUACGUUGUCUACAUCCAAUAAACAAAUGACAUCA